CGCUCCGUGAGGGCCGCGCCGGCGCCACCGUCCCUCCACACCCCGCCCGCCGCUCCGCGGAUUCCCCGUCCCGGGCCGCCGCAGCGGGAUGGCGCCGGGGCUGCUGGACCUGGUGCACUUGACAACCUGGGCCGUGUGUGCCGUGAUCAAGCUGCCGCAGCUGGUGGCGGUGCUGAGGGCUGGCUCGGCGUGGGGACUCAGCGUGAGCAGCCUCCUCCUGGAGCUGGCCGGCCUCCUUGUGUUUCUGAGGUACCAGAUCUAUUAUGGUUACCCCCUGGAGACAUACCUGGAGUAUCCCAUCGUCAUUGCACAAGAUGUCAUUCUCCUUUGCUGUAUUAUGCAUUUCAGCGGAAAAGCGAGACGAGCUUUUUUCUAUGCAGUCGCAUUUUGGGGGGGAUGGUACAUGCUAACACUGCAGAAGUGGAUAAUAGACCUGGCCAUGAAUCUGUGCACGUUCGUCAGUGCAGCCAGUAAGCUUGUUCAGCUGCAGCAUCUCUUGGACACCAAAGAUUCCGGACAAGUGAGCGCCCUGACCUGGGGCAUGUCUGUAUAUGCCUCUGCAACAAGAAUUAUUACAACUGUAAUGACUACAAAUGAUCUCGCAGUUCUCAUCCGUUUCAUAGUCAUGCUCAUUCUCAAUAUUUGGGUCACAGCCACAAUCCUGCACUACAGGAAGACUAAAAAGACUGAUUAGAAGACACUCAUCAGCACACAUAUCAUUACCAUAAAAAAAUAUAAUUAAGCCUAAAGAAUUUAAGAAUUCUUCAGAGAUUGAGGAAGCUCUCUUUCUCUAAUAUUUACCCUUUUGUGUACUUACAAUAUUUACAGUACUUGCAGACUUACACUAUAAUACAUUCAUGCUUACUUUCUCUUAGAAAUAAUUCUGAUAAGAUACUUAAUUUAAGCAGCAUAUUUUUAUUGGUCAUUUCAGACAAGUUUCACUGAUAUCACAUUUUCUCUGGAUUUUUUUUUACUACAAGGUAUUUCAUAGUUAGAUGUAUAUAUAUUCUGGUAUCACUUCAGUACUUUCCGGUUACAUAUAAGCAAUUUUCUUCAAUUAUACAUGAUCAAUUUUGCACCAACAUACUGACUCGUCCUGCUGCAAGACUGAAAAACCACAACAGAAGUUUGUCUUCUUGCAAGCAACUCAAUUAGUUCAACAUUAACUGCCUGUAUUAGAGGAUGAAGAAAAUCUGAGUCAAGAUCCAAUCCAGAAUAAGGUUCUAAUUACUAAGUCACAAACCCAGCUGGGAUUGUAGCACUUACAUGCAACAUUUAACAGUACAAUUUAUACAGCUGAUACAGGAUACCCAUAGUCACUUUCCUCAGUAUACCCUGUUUUUAUUGGAUAAGAGAGCAAAAACUCAACUACGAAUUACUUUUCAACCUGAGCUCUCAUUCACUGAACAUACUGUUUUGGGAACAGCAGGAACUAGAAUGUAUGGGAAUUAAUGAAACUCUGACCAACAGUUAAAAAUGCUGUUCAAGCAAAAAUUCCUGGAAUGAUAUCCAGAAUUCCCAAACACCAUUCACACUGACAUGUGCACCUUGAUGUAUCUCAGCAGACUGAUCUCCUGUGGUUGUCAGGUUUUGGUGAUUUGUGCUCUGUGGUUCAUAAGUUUUUGGCCUGUCAGUGCUAAGUGAGUUGAAGAACAUAUACUUCACUUAAACUUUUACUUCAGAAAUUAUAAUCAAUUUGUAGUACUUAGAGUAAAAAGGGGGAAAGGAUAUUCUUGACAAUUGUUAACAGAGGAUUUUAGUUUUGGAAGUACUGCCUUCACAACCAAAAGUUACAUUGGUAAUCAUAUAGCUUGCCUUCAUUUGUCAUUACAUUCUCCAAAAUUAAAAGAUACAACAUUCCAAGAGUUCUUACGGUAUUCUGUUGAUUGGCAUGUAAAAACCUAAGCACCCUUGAUCCCAACACCCUUGAAAACUGUGGGAAGACUGCAUUGACUUCAUUUGAGGCAGGUUUUUUUCACAACAUUCUGAAUUGUGUGACUGCUGUGGAGCAAAGGGAUCUGCAAAAGCAGAUGUUUUGCCAGUGAGCAUGCAGCAAUUGGAGCAUUCACCAUCAGAAAACAGCUGCCUCGUACUCUAAAUUUUAGUGGGAAGGGCUGGGAAGAGAUGUGUCUGUGGGCAUUGAUUUCAUGUAUCCCAUGUCAUUGAGAGCAAGUCAAAGAUGAGCUUUUUUUUUUACUGCUCCAAUAAAAAGUAUAAAUCUUUCUAUGUUGGUUGAAAGAUUAAUUGUAAACAUUCUGAUUUGACUAAAGCUGUGUAAAGUAUCUGAAGUGGUCUAAAUGGUGGCAGGUGGCAUGUGAUACAUUUUCCAGGUGAUACUAAUAAAUGCUCUUCUUCAAGA